AUGGCGAAGUUCGGCUGCCCCGAGAGGUUCAUAAAGAUUGUUAGACAAUUUCACGAUGGGAUGAUGGCCCGUGUUCUUGAUGAUGGAAAUACCUCUGCCCCUUUUCAAGUGUCAAAUGGAGUCAAGCAAGGUUGUGUCCUUGCCCCUACACUGUUUAGUUUGAUGUUCUCUGCAAUGCUGACCGAUGCCUUCAGGGAGACACCCCUAGGCAUCCCCAUCAGGUAUAGGUGUGAUGGAAAGCUGUUCAACCUACGACGUCUGAAGGCCGUCACUAGAGUCAAAGAGACUGUGAUUCGUGACCUGCUUUUUGCUGAUGACUGUGCCCUCAACGCCGUCAAUGAGCAUGACAUGCAACAGGAAAUGGACGCUUUCUCAUCCGCCUGUGACAACUUUGGCCUCACCAUCAGUAUCAAGAAGACUGAAGUGAUGUAUCAGCCCGCCCCAGGAAAACCAUAUCAGGAACCAAACAUCACAGUUAAGGGGCAGCGACUUCAAGAUGUAGAAAACUUCACCUACCUCGGCAGCACUCUCUCCCGCAACGCCAACAUCGAUGCAGAAAUCAACAACCGCAUCGCGAAGGCAAGCAGUGCCUUUGGGAGAUUGAGGAAGUCAGUCUGGGAACGCAGAGGCAUCUCACAAUGCACCAAGAUCAAAGUGUACAGAGCAGUCGUCUUAACAACACUUCUCUAUGGCUGCGAAACUUGGACCAUCUACAGAAGACAUGAGAAACUUCUCCAGCAGUUCCAUCUCCGCUGUCUCAGAAACAUCCUAAAUAUCCGCUGGCAGGAUAGAAUCACAAACACUGAGGUUCUGGAGAGAGCAAACCUCCCCAGCGUCAUUACCACCAUGCGCAAAGCUCAGACACGAUGGGCAGGACACGUCUGCCGUAUGUCAGACUCCAGAAUACCCAAACAGCUGUUGUACGGUGAACUAAGCCGUGGAAGCAGGAAAGUUGGAGGCCAGCGCAAACGCUAUAAAGACUGCAUCAAAUCACAUCUGAAAGACUUCAAUAUCGACGUUUCAACGUGGGAAACUGCAGCAUCUGACAGACCGAUUUGGCGUAAUCUGAUUCACAAAGGUGCCAUCCACUCAGAAAAUAAACGCUCCAACGCAGCCAAAAACAAACGCCAAAAACGCAAGGCUAGAGCUGACCAACCUACCAAUAUGACCCCCUCUUACUGGUGUCCGACUUGUGGAAGGGGUUUUCUUGCACGAAUUGGCCUUAUAAGCCACCUGCGGAUUCAUCCCUCCGCCCCUUAG